GAGUUCAAUGAGAGAGAGUUUGGGAGUAAUGUGGAGAGAGAGAGCGUUAUUGGUUGUGGUUGUGCUCCUUACGUUCCUAGUGCAGCAUAUUUGUGCUACCAAAACUAAAAAGCAUGCUUGCAACCCUUCUUCAUGUGGCACAAUCACGAACAUACAUAAUCCAUUUCGAUUAAAAGACGACCCAAAAAGCUGCGGCGUCAAAAGGUAUGAGCUUGCUUGUGAAAAUAAUGUGACGGUAUUGUAUUUGUUCUCUGGAAAAUAUCAUGUGCAGGCAAUAAACUACAACAAUUCCACAAUCCGAGUGGCUGAUCCUGGAGUUCAACAACACAAUUGCUCUUCCCUUCCUCGCUAUUUCUUUUCUCGAUCCAAUUUCAGUCCUAACAGAACGAACCCAUACUAUGUCUAUGGAAUAAAAUCGUUAGUGUUCUUGAAUUGUAGCCAUCCAGUGAAUGAGAAUCUUAAGUAUGUGAAAAUUCCUCCUCGCUGCCUAAACUGGCACUCGAAAGGGUAUCAUAUAUACGCUAUUGGUGGUGACGUAAAAGCAAAGGACAUUGAAGUUGGUUGUCGUGUAAAGUUGGUUGCUCCCACAUCUUGGUGGGGUUUGGACACAAAUAAAUCUUCAUACCCUGUGCUGCAGAGAUCGCUGGUCUAUGGAUUUGAGAUUUCAUAUAGCGGAUACUUCGGGAAUUUUGGAAUUCGGUAUUAUUUGGUACUAUGUGCAAGCGGUAAGAAUUUUAUCAUCUUAAUUUACCUUUAUGUUUUAAUUUUGUACAUAAUAACAAGAAUUUGAUUUGAUGCUUUAUGACGACCUUAUUCGAUGAUAUAAU